AACUGAAGACUGGCUCGAACCUUACCUGGGGGGCGAGUCUUGAUUUGCGAAGUUUGCGCAAGAAUGUUGUGAUCGUCGAGUUUUCUUUCUAAAGACGUCAGUUCGCGCGCUAGCAGGCGCCAGGGGCUCAGCGCUACAUUUACAUCAAACCAUAAGAGACUAGAGCAUCGGUGGAACCACCGGAGGUAGCACAACAUGCUUCAGAAUGCCGCUGCCGCGGCUGAGCGGGCCGUCCCUGUUCCCGUUAGCACCCGCACAGAUAAGCUGAUGGCUCGUAUUGCGCUUGUGAUCGUGACUGGUGGUAUUCUCUACGGCGCGUACGCGCUGGGUGGCCCUCUUUGGUGGAAGUUCUACGCGACGGUGGUGCAUCCCUACGAGGACAGCGUGAAGGGAACACAAUCUGUCGUUGGCUCAUCGGGCAAGCCCGUUGCCUCAACAACGGUGGCUAGCACAAAGACGGUGGACCCGGUAGCAACCGUGUCGCCGCCACCACCACCAAAAGAAAAGCCGCCGUUUAACCCUGAUGACUACCCCCUCACCAAGGAGCGCGUGACGCCGCUGCUGCAGGACGGGCUAAUCAUGAUCACGUGGGCUAACCACCAUUACCUGGAUUUUGCCAAGACCUGGGUGCACAACCUGCAGAAGUCGGGCGUGAAGGGCUACAUGGUGGGCGCCAUGGACGAUGACAUGCUGAAGGAGCUGGUGGACCUGGAUAUCCCCGCCUGGCGCAUGAACACCGGCAUCACCAAGAAGGACCUGGGCUGGGGCAGCACCAACUUCCACCUCAUGGGCAGGUUCAAGAUUAAGCUUAUCCGUGACGUGCUGGCGCUGGAGGUGUCGGUGGUGGUGUCGGACAUUGACACGGCCUGGGUGAAGAACCCCAUCCCCUACUUCCACCGCUACCCGGAGGCCGACAUCCUCACCUCCUCAGACCAGCUGGGGCCCACCGUCAAUGAUGACAGCCUGGAGAACUUCCCGGCCGCCGGCAGCGCCUUCAACAUUGGCAUCAUGCUGUUCAGGCCCACCAGCAAGGCGUUCCUGGACGACUGGGUCAAGUCGCUGGAUGACCCCAAGAUGUGGGACCAGACCGCAUUUAACGACCUGGCGCGCAAGGGCCACAGCUCUUCGGAGCCGCCCAAGAACCUGUGGAAGGGCUACGACGGCAAGCUGACUGUGGGCGUGCUGCCCUGCGCACUGUUCGCCAGCGGCCACACCUUCUUUGUGCAGCGCAAGUACGCGGAGCUGGGCCUGGAGCCGUACGUGGCCCACGCCACCUUCCAGUACAGCGGCACUCCGGGCAAGCGGCACCGCUUCCGCGAGUUCAUGCUGUUUGAGGACCCGCCCGAGUACUACAACCACGAGAACGGCUUUGUCACCAUCGACAUGGACAUUCCCCAGGCGCUGCUGGACGCGGCCGCCAAGCCGGUGGUGGGCUCCAUGAGCGCCGACAAGCUGUACGACCACUUCGCGCUGGUGCACCACCAGCUGCUCAGGCUGCGCUCCGCCAUUGGUGUGGCGCUGACCCUGGGCCGCGUCAUCGUGCUGCCGCCCAUUUGGUGCCAGCUGGACAAGUACUGGGCGCCGCUGUACGACGGCAACAUCCCGGGCAGCCACUGGAAGAAGCCGUUCAUCUGCCCGGCCGACCACGUGCUGGACCUGGAGGGCGGCUGGCACAACACCCGCCCCGAGUUCGGCGCGCACCUGCACUACCGCGAGUACUCCUUCUUCAACAACCCUAGGAUGAGCAAGGCUGUGAACGAGAGCCGCGUGACUGUUGAGAUCUGUGCACCGCCUGACGCGACGGGAUGCGAGGAGGGCGCUGGACCUGCGGUAGUUAAGGACGGCGUCGUGAAGCUGAUGCCGAACCUGAAGAGCGCCGCGGUGGCCAAGGCGCUGGAGGCCGUCCAGGACAAGAAGAUCAUUGUCCUCAAGAACGCAAAGGACGCGUUCAGUGGCUUCAGCGACCCCGAGGAGCAGGCCCGCUACGAGAACCGGCUCAAGCACUACACGUCCGUGUUCUGCUGCCUGGAUAAGAACCCCGGCUGGAUCUGGUACGACUUCUUCGCGGACCGGCCCCACGCCGACCGCUUCCAGCGCAAGUUCACCACCUGGGUGCCCAAGCACGGCGACAGCGACAGCGACGUGGCGGGCUACAAGGUGCCCGGCCGCCACCUGCUGGCCUCCGCCUCCGGCUCCGCCGAGGGCGUGGAGCAGCUGGACGACGUGGCGGCGGGCGGGGCCGUGUGGAGCCGCGACCAGGACCUGGAGCUGCAGGCGCGCGCGCAGCCGCAGAGCGCGGGCCUGGGCCUGCCGCGCCGGUUGCAAAGUGAGGAGUCGGAGCAGCUGCAGGAGGUGCGCUACCUCACCUCGGUGGAGAUGGAUGCCAUGUUCUCGGCGCCCUGAGCACCGCUCGCUCGUCGACGUGACAUUCGGAUGCAUGUGUUUUAGGAGUUAGGACGUUUGCUGUGAGCACUACCGCUGGCAGAAUUGCUGUGAAGACCAUAGGCAGGAGGUGGUGCACACUGAAAGAAUGGAUGCGGUUUAAGCGCUUUCGGUAAGGCGACAUAUUAUGCAGUAGGGAGUUGAAGUGACCUGCCUGGGAGUUCAAGUGGCCUACCUGCUAAGCCUACAACAACGCUGUGGCUGAAGUAUGAUGUAUAAUAGGGUAUGCGCGCGCACUGCGCAGGGAUGAGGGCUCCUACGUAUGUGACGUUGCCCGUGCGGGUACUACCGUACUACUUUGGCCCGUGGCGGUCAACAUGUUAACACAACUGCAACU